AUGGCGCCUAGACUCCCUCCUCCUCCUCAACCAAGCGAACCUGAUACGUCCAACAACACUAGGCUGUUGGAAUCAGUAAUCGAUAGACUGCAGCAGCAGAAUGUCACUUUAAUGGAGCAGAACGCCACCCUGAUGCAACAGAAUCAGAGCGUCAUGCAGAGUUUGGAAGCCUCUCGUGUAAAUUCUGAAACGACCCAGAGGCAGUUGAUGGAAAUCCUAGCAGCAACCAGGCACACUCCGGGGGCAUCCUCUUCCAACGCUGCCCAACCUACUGCUGAGUGGAGCUUGGAGAGUUUCCUUCAGCAUCACCCGGCCAAGUUCAGUGGGAAGUUCCUCCCUGAUGAGGCUGACCAGUGGCUGAGAGAUAUGGAACGUAUUUACAAUGCUAAGCGGUGUCCGGAUGACAACCGUUUGGCAUUUACAGAAUAUUUGCUGACGGGUGAAGCUAGCCACUGGUGGGCGAGCGCGAGAGCCAUUCUGACGGACGCUCAACAACCGAUCACUUGGGAAGUGUUUAGAAAUAAGUUUUAUGAAGAAUACUUCCCUGACAGCGUUCGGUUUGCAAAGGAGGUGGAAUUUCUACAGCUGGUUCAGGGGGGUAUGUCUGUUUCAGAGUACACCAAUAAGUUCAAGCACCUCGUCAGAUUUAAUACUAUGGCCACAAGUGAGGAGUGGCAGUGCAGGAAAUUUGAGAAUGGGCUAAGGAGUGAUCUGAAGGUGUUGAUCUCAAGCUUGUGUAUUCGGGCUUUUCCUGCCAUGGUUGAACGAGCUAAAGUAUUGGAGAAGAAUAUGGCAGAGGCGGAACGGCAGAAGAAGCAUCAACAAACAGUAAGGGGACCGAUCGUCUCAAGGGGCACUAUUAAUCAGAGGGGAUCUCCCUACACUUGUCCAAAUCAACCACCGAAUACAAGUGGAUCUCAAGCGCUAGUCACUGCUGGACAGUCUGGGCAGCAAGGAAACGUCACUUGUUUCCAAUGUGGAGGACCACACUAUCGUUCGUCAUGUCCUCAACUGAUGGGAGGAAGAUUCUGCGUUCGUUGUAGAAGAAGUGGACAUCUGGAAAAUGAGUGUAACAUGGGAGGACGAGUGGCAAUGAGGCCGCCAAACGCUGGGAGAGCACAACAAGAGCGAGGUGGACGAGCGCAGGCAGUGGGGAGAGUGUACGCAAUUACGGGCGUUGAAGCUGCUAGCUCGGGUAUACUCUUCACUGUAAUUGCUUAUUGUAUGAACUGCCUUGUCCUGCGUCAUUAA